CUAUAUUAUAAAAUAGAAGCAGGCGGUUUCGGACACAGCAGGUUGAGUUCUUCGGCCACAACAAUGGAGGGCUUUGGAGUUUGUCAGCAGAUGCUUUCCUCGCCCAUUUAACAAAGUGGAACGGGUUUCCAAAAUGGCGACGGCGGUUUCUCACAAGAGGAAGUCGGCGCGUCUCCCGCCAUUUUGGCGUCACGCGGUUGUCCUGUGAAAUCUCAGAACAUGAGAAGAAUUUUGACGAUACGAGAUAAACACUUUUUGUGCGCUCUGUGAGCUUUAGACAAGGAAGAAAUAGCCACCCGCAAUAUUGUUCACCUAUAUACACAGUAAAAUAUUAAAUAAAUAUUAAAUAAAAAUGGGACUGCUUGAACAUUUGGACACGCACAUGAAGCGUGCAGGUUUACCGCGAGGAUCACGAUGUAUACGUGUCAUAUCAUAUUUAGAUUAACUGACAGGAAAUUAAGCGAAAUAUGACACGUGGUAACCCCAUAACUCGAAGAAUUAGCAUACCUAAAUUGCCACUAUUGCUAUUUGCGAAACUUACGCGUUAAAGUAUAAAAUAUGCCGCAUAUAACAAAAUCUUAAAAAUUGGUUACCACGUGGUAACCACCGAACACACAAUAAAUAAUACAAUUUAACAAAAUGAUUGGAAACAGAGUUUACACAAAUCGAACCGCUAGUAUUUAUUGUUAGAAAUUAAACCACUGAAUAUGUUACAUUAAAUUAUUUGUAGAUGAAUAACGUUGGGCGAAAUUUCGUACAGUUGCGAAAUCAUUACGAAUAGCAACUGGCCUAGGACCUCCCAUUUUUGCAGGCCAAUCGUUGCUAGGAAAAUGCAUACGUUGGGGGAAGACACUGGGUUGGCUUGGGAGAUUACCUUGUGGACUGGGGGUAGCGAGGUCUCGGGACGGAGGUACAAAAGAGGCCCAGGAAGUAAACUGUUGCCUACAAUCCGUGUGUUUACUUCAUCGUUUACUUUUGGGGAUGGCUACCAAUGUUAGUCUGGACCCUAAUAAUCCUGAAGACAAGUCCAGUCGCUAUGAAAUUCUGGCCUGGAUCAAUGGGACGUUACAGACCAAGUUUAGUCAUGUGGAGCAGUCUCGUUCAGGUGCAUGUUAUUGCCAGCUUAUGGACUGCCUAUUCCCAGGGUCCAUCGACUUGAGCAAAGUGAAGUUUCAGUCCCGCAGUAAGGUUGAUUUCAAUAAGAAUUACACUCUCCUACAGGAAGCUUUUGGGAAAGUGGGUGUGAAAAAGUCGAUUCCUGUUGAGGAGCUUGUCAAAGGAAAGUUUAGAGCAAGUUUCACCUUUCUGAAGUGGUUUAAGAAAUUUUUCUUUGCCAAUGAGAAACCGGUGAGUAAGGUGUACAACCCAGUUGAAGCCCGUAAUGGUCAAGAUAUUGCACUGGUAGACUUCCCAAAAUCCUGGAAAUUAGCAAAUAAUUCUGUCAGAGUGAAAAUGGAACCUAACCGAAAUCUGGAAUGGAAUGGUAAAAGCCAGGUUGUGCCUUAUGAUCCUGAAUGGCAGCAAACCAUGGAAUGGGUCCGGCCCAGUCAGCAGGGGGAUAAUUACGCUUACUGCACUUUAUGUGCCUCCAACUUCAAGCUGCACGUAGGGUUUUUUGAUUUAAAGCGACACCAGCUGACAAAAAAGCAUGAAAAACGUGUGAUGGGAGAGUUGAAUUCAUCUAAGAGAAAGCAGAUUGAAGACUCUGUUUCAUUCAGUGAAACCAUGCUGCUAUUUAUUCAAACUCAAUGCCUGACCAGUUUACCCUCAAGGAUCGAUACCGUCUCCCAACUGACAGCAAGAUAUAUCUUAGGAUUGCAGUAUCCGGAUGACAUUGUUUCUGCUUGCAAGCUGAACCCGUACAGUGUUUACAUGUAUGGGCCGGUGCCACUUGAUGCAGAGAGUGGCGAAAAGACCACCUGCCAUGUGGUUCUUGUGGGUUAUUUUAAUGAAAAGUCAGCAAAGUAUUGCAUCCGUAUCCUUGAUGUUUUCCAGUCCUUGCCUGAAGACUCUGAAUGUUCUGUAUCUGGAUCUUUACUCAACAUCCUGGAAAAGUUUGAACUUCCUGCUAGCAACAUGGUAGCUUUCUAUAUUGACGGUCAGGAUCAAAACUCUGAGAGCAUUGUCUCGCAGAUUCAGGAGCUCAACCCAAAGGUGCUUUAUCUUGCCGGACUUUACAGUUUACCAGACUCUGUCUGUAACGCUGCUCUAAUGGCGCACUCCAGUCAGGUACAGGAGCUUCUUAUGAACAUCUAUGGCCACUACUCAACUUGUUCCACCACGAAUGACAAUCUCAAAAUGCUGUUUGCUGGCAUCGAUGGACUAAAUGAACCCAAUACUUCCCUCACAAGCAACUGUGCGGAUUUUUGUGUUCUUGUUCAAAGGAUGCUCGGAAUGUGGACCGAUUUGGUGUCUUAUUUUGCUUCCUGUGAUGAGAAAAAUGAUAAAGUUAAGCACAUUUGUUCCCUGCUGGAAAACCUUAAAAUCAGAGUCACUUUUUUGUUUCUGGAUCAUGCACUUGGACCACUCCACGCAUUCAGUCGGCGGCUGCAAAGUUGCGAAGUCUCAUCUCGUGCCGAUCUUGAGCAGAUUCUUCGAGACGCAAGCGGACUGCUACGUUCUUAUGCCUCCAGCUUUCUCCGCCCUCAAGCAGUCAUACGUUACCUGAAGGAACGAGAUGCAGCCAUUAUGGAAAACUCUGCAUUCCACCUUCCUGCUUCCGAGCUUAGCCUGGGUGGGGCAGUAGAUGAUUUCAUAUCGGCAAAGGAAGAGAAGCUAGCAGACUCCCUGACUAAAUUUCAUGAUGAGUGUAUAGCGUUCUACAAAACACUAACUACCUCCAUUGCUGAGUGUCUCCCUCUGAGUGAUGGCGUACUCAGGACUAUGUCACAACUACUUAGCCCAGAAGGAAGGCUGAAGGUCACAGGAAAGAGUAUAGUUGACCUUGCUGUACAGUUUGGUGCAAAAUUUGAGGAUUCUGCUAAGCUCACAGAUGAGUUCUUGGAGUACCAACUUGUUGAGGAUGAUGAUGAACUGAAAAGGGCACAGAAGUUUGAUAAUGGGCUCCUAGAUACAUCUUCAGCCCUUUCUCUGGAACUAUAUUGGGCUAAUGUCCUAAAGACUUUUUCACCCGCAUCCGUCUUCAGGAGGCUUGUUCUGAGUCUCUUGGCUUUGCCCUGUCCAUCUUUUGAAUUGGAAAAGAUCUUUGCUGAGGCUGUCGUAAAUGGUGAUGCUUGUCAUUGGGAGGAUAGUUCAGCUGAAAGUACAAUUGAUAUCACAAAAGACCUGGAUUCUAAUGAUGAUGACUCCUUGGAGCUGAUUGAGGUCAGGAUUGGAUCGCCUAUUUUAAAUGGGACGAUGAAUGAAACCGUGGAAAGUGCAUCAGAGAUGGUUCUACACUCAGAGACAGUGAAGCCGUGUGUGGUGCUACUGGAGAAGAUCACUUGUCAGAGAGACUUGAAGAAAGAUGGAGCAGACGAUGAUGUAAUCUGGACUAGUAGCUCAUUUCCAAAGGGCACUGUUAGGGGAGUAUACGGUUGGGAGACCAGCUUACGGCAGAAACCGCAGGCACGUACGAUCUUUCAGGCUGGUGCGGGCACCUGGACCAAGCCAGUCAACGUUGACAAGGACAGAACGCCCGAGGUGGCGAAGAAUGAAGUUUCGUCUGCGUCAGGUGUUACAACAUCAAGCCCCAAACCUGGGAAGAGAGUUCAUUCGUACCAGGAUGGCAAGGGUUUUGCUGUUGGAGAGCUGGUGUGGGGAAAAGUAAAGGGCUUUUCCUGGUGGCCUGGGUUAGUGAUGGCUUGGAAGGGCAAGUCACCACCUGUUUCAGUGAGGCGCGUGGAGUGGUUUGGAGAUGGCAUGUUUUCAGAGAUUCAUACAGAGGGUUUGCUGCCAUUCGCUGCAUUUGCAAAGUGCUUUUGUAGUAAAUCCUAUGUUGGUCUGCCAACGUACAAAGAUGCCAUUUACCAAAUCCUGGAGUUGGCAAGAGAACGCUGUGGAAAGACAUUUCCCACUGUGAAAAAAGAGGAUGAGACAAAAGCCAUGUUGGAUUGGGCAUUUGGAGGAUUCAAGCCAACAGGUCCCGAUGGCUUCAUGCCUGCUGUGGAUCCAGCAGACAGCUCUGCCAGUACUAAAACUGAUUCAUCAGAUUCAUCUGUGGCUGAUUAUCAGCCACCAGCUAAGAGAAAGUAUGUGUACAAAAACAAACCACAAAGUCAACCAACUCCAAUUCAGGAUUACACAAGAGACCAAAUGGCUCAUGAGGUGAAAGUGAAGGGCAAAAAAAUUGAAGAUUUCUGUCUGUCAUGUGGAACCAGCAACAUUGAAAUUUUCCAUCCGCUCUUUGAGGGUAGCCUUUGUUUUAAGUGCAAGGAGAACUUCACAGAGACCCUGUUUAGAUAUGACGAUGAUGGCUAUCAGUCAUACUGCACUGUGUGCUGUGCUGGUCUGGAGGUCAUUCUUUGUGGAAAUGCAAGCUGCUGCAGGUGUUUCUGUAAAGACUGUUUGAAUGUGUUGGUGGGACCUGAAACAUUUGAAAAGUUGAAGGAAGUUGACCCGUGGAGUUGUUACAUUUGUCUGCCCCCCAAAAAAUAUGGCAUACUGAAGCUUAGGCCUGACUGGAGCGUUCGUGUCCAGGAGUUUUUUGCUAAUAACAGUGCAUUUGAAUUUGAGCCACACAGAGUAUAUCCUUCGAUUCCAGCUGAUAGGCGUCGGCCAAUCAGAGUCAUCUCCUUGUUUGAUGGGAUCGCUACAGGAUACCUGGUUUUGAAAGAACUUGGUUUUAAGGUGGAGCGCUACAUUGCCUCCGAGAUCUGUGAGGACUCCAUCGCAGUUGGGAUGAUCAAGCAUGAAGGCAAAAUUGAGUAUGUCAAUGACGUACGGUCCAUCACAAAGAAACAUUUGGCUGAAUGGGGGCCAUUUGACCUCCUGAUUGGUGGAAGCCCCUGUAAUGACCUGUCUAUGGUAAAUCCAGCCAGAAAAGGUCUUUUUGAGGGCACCGGUCGGCUGUUUUUCGAAUACUACCGCAUGUUGACCAUGAUGAGGCCAAAAGAGGAUGAUGAUCGACCCUUUUUCUGGCUCUUUGAGAACGUCGUAGCAAUGAGCGGUCACGAUAAGGCGGAUAUCUGCCGCUUUUUGGAGUGUAAUCCUGUGAUGAUUGACGCUGUGAAAGUGAGCCCAGCCCACAGAGCUCGAUACUUCUGGGGCAAUUUACCUGGAAUGAGCCGACCACUUGCUGCUUCGCUCGGUGACAACACUGAUCUGCAGAACUGUCUUGAAAUCGGAAGAACUGCAAUGUUUAGUAAAGUUCGCACCAUCACAACAAAGUCCAACUCUAUCAAACAAGGAAAGAUGGGACCACUGCCUGUGCAGAUGAAUGGAAAGGAUGAUUAUCUUUGGUGCACUGAAAUGGAAAGAGUAUUUGGAUUCCCAAAGCAUUACACAGAUGUGAAUAAUAUGGGCCGCGGACAGAGACAGAAAGUUCUUGGGCGGUCCUGGAGUGUGCCUGUGAUCCGACACCUCUUUGCCCCUCUGAAGGAUUACUUUGCUUGCGAGUAAAUCCAUUCUUUUUUCCAGGAGGAAGGUCCAGAUGAGGAGGAAUCUCACUUUUCACCGUAUCUUAGCUAUAUGAAUUUUAAUUUUUUUUUACGUUUCCGCAGACUCGGACCUCACAAAAUAUUUUGUCUAUUUUUAAUGUUACAUUUGUUUAAAACGUUUUUAGCCUUAAUGCACAAAGGCUUUUGGAUCCGAUUUUAUACAUCAUGAGUACUGUAGUUUUUAAUACUUUUAAACUGAUUUAUUGCUGAAGAGAGCCACACGAAACUCCACCCACUACCUCAGUGGCAUUCAGUGAUUGGUUCAUUGUCUGGGGAAAUGCCUAUUUAUAAUUUAAUAAGUUAAUUUUGAUUCUAGUUAGAUAGAUCUAGUUAGUAUCUGAAAAGACAAGGUUUUAAGCUUGUCAACAUUUUAACAUCAGCUCAUUGCCUUAUUUAGGAAUGUCCAAAUUUCUAAUUGUGCAAAAAAUCAUUUUUUUAAUAAUUGAUACUUUUUUAUUCCAUGGUGCUGUUUUAUAAUGCAGAAUGAUUGUCCAUGACAACUGUAUGCAAGACCUCCUUGGUUUACUGUUUUUACAUCUCUACACAGUUAUAAUCUACACCAUUUGAUUCCUAGUUAAGCAUUAAAAAAUCUACACCGUACUCUGCCCUAUAAUACAUUUACAUGCGAGUACACCAGAUACUCAAAGCACAACAUUUUGUCUGUGCCAUUUUAAUAAAAGCCCUAGGUUGUUGGCAGAUAGGACUACGGUGACUCUACCCUUUAGCUUUACAAAGGGUUUGCACUUUUCUAAAAUGCAAAUCUGAUUAUACUAACAUUAAAUCUUUGUCCUGUUGUGGCUCCUGCAGCCUUUUUACACAACUUAAUGCAAUCUGGUUAAGGGCUUACAUUUUAAAUACAAGCCUACUUGUUAAAAGGCUAUAUUUUUAUGUAGGAGAAAUUGUAACGGAGUUUACCUUGCAUGAUUUUAGAUAACAUUAAAGGGAAGUUUAUUUUGACACCUCUGUUUUGUGCAAUUGUCUACAUAGCAUUUCCUUUUGUGUGGUCUAAGAAUACAUUUGAAUAUCAAAUAAUUGAAAGCUGUCAAUGUGAAAUUAGGUGCUUUUUAAUGUUUUCUCUGUUUUUUUAUAGUUCUUAAGCAUGGUUUGGUCACAGAUAACCGUGAUUCUGACUUUUUAGAGAUCUAAAAGUGAAGCCUAUUCUGUUGGUAGUUUUCUAAGACAUAAUGUCUAUCAAAAGCAGUCAUUCCAUUCUUUUUUUUUUGUAAAUGUGGACUCAACAUCAAGCUUGUUUGAAUGACUCUAGAGGUUUUAGUGAUGGAUGAGCCAAAUUGAGGCCUUGGGGGAGGAUCAACAUCGUAUAUGCUUGUGUUUUAAUGCCUGACUCAUAGAAAUUGUAGAAAUUCUCAAUGAUCACUGUGUUGAUGUGUUAUGUGUAUUUUUGUCAUGUGAAAUGUUAUGUAAGGGCGCAAUUUAAGUAACACCCUCAGGUCUUUACAAUACCAGCAGGCCUCAUCAGAUCAUGGUUCUUAAUAUCACAUUUAUUUUACUCAAUUGAUUGUGAAAGGAAUAUACUAUAUAUUUGUACUCUUGAAAUGGCCUUUAAUACCUCUUUGGUUGUUAAAUGUCUUUGCAAAACCCUGAUUUCUUUUGGUGCUAAGUGAAAUUGUCUAUAGAGCUUUGGGAUAGUUUGACCCAAAAUAAAAAUUGGCCCAUAUUUAACUCACCCUUAAGCAGUCCUAGGUGUGUAUAACUCUAUUUUAGCCAAAAGUUAUGUAAAUAAAAUCUUUGUUCUUUUCAGCUUUAUAAUGGCAUCGGACACUGGCCUAUUUGUGAAGCUCCAAAAAGGCACGUCCAUCCAUGAAAAACUAAUCCAAAAAGUUAAUAAAUAUCUGAAGCAAUGUUAGUAUUUUUUUUUUAAUGUUGGGUCAGAAAUCUGCCUGACCUAAUCUCUCUCGUGAUUGUAAGUAUUGGUGUAGUUUGUAAAGUUUAAAAUCUAAAAGUUUCCCUAAAACCCAAUCACUUUGAUUUGGAAAUGUUUAAUGACUGUAGGUUUUGAUGAAUAGAUGUGCUUUUUUGAGCUUAAAAUGGGGCACUAUCCAAUGCCAUUAUAAAGCUAAAGAGCCAGGAUAUUAUGUAAAAUAACUUUGACUGAAAGUAAAACACAUCUAGGAUGGCUUAAGGGUGUGAAAAUUUGGGCUAAUUUUCAUCUUUGGGUGAACUAAUCAAGUUAAUUUUUUGUUUAAAUAGCUUUUUAUAUAGUAUACUUGCCUAGUUUGAAUAUGUCAUGCUUGUACUAACAUGAGUGAUCAAAAAUAAAUGUAUAAUAAUACUUUCAA